AUGCACAGAAGCCUCCUGGCCGUGAAACAUCUGGUGGAAGUUGGCAAAGGUCCAAGAACAGAGAGGCCCCGGCAGAUUAGCUGCGAGUGGGGCCACAACACAAGUGUCCACGGUGUGACCUUCUCUGAGGGUCAUGGGUUUUUCUCCAGUGUGGUCAGAGGUCCAGCAGACCCCCUGUCCGUCCGGCAGACCCCCUGUCCGUCCGGCAGACCCCGUGUCCGUCCUGCAGACCCCCUGUCCGUCCGGCUGACCCCUGUCCGUCCAGCAGACCCCCUGUCCGUCCAGCAGACCCCCUGUCCGCCCGGCAGACUCCUAGUCCGUUCGGCAGACUCCCAGUUUCCGGCAGACCCCCUGUCCGUCCAGCCCACUCCCAGUCCAUCCGGCAGACCCUCUGUAUGUCCAGCAGACCCCCUGUCCGUCCGGCAGACAUCCUGUGCGUCCGGCACACCCCCUGUCCGUCCAGCCCACUCCCAGUCCAUCCGGCAGACCCUCUGUAUGUCCAGCAGACCCCCUGUCCGUCCGGCAGACAUCCUGUGCGUCCGGCACACCCCUUGUCCGUCCAGCCCACUCCCAGUCCAUCCGGCAGACCCUCUGUAUGUCCAGCAGACCCCCUGUCCGUCCGGCAGACCCCCUGUCUAUCCGGCAGACCCCCUGUCCGCCCAGCAGACCCCCUGUCCAUCCAGCAGACCCCCUGUCCGUCCAGCAGACCCCCUGUCCGUCCAGCAGACCCCCUGUCUAUCCGGCAGACCCCCUGUCCGCCCAGCAGACCCCCUGUCCAUCCAGCAGACCCCCAGUCCGUCCAGCAGACCCCCUGUCCGUCCGGCAGACCCCCUGUCCGUCCGGCAGACCCCGUGUCCGUCCUGCAGACCCCCUGUCCGUCCGGCUGACCCCUGUCCGUCCAGCAGACCCCCUGUCCGUCCAGCAGACCCCCUGUCCGCCCGGCAGACUCCUAGUCCGUUCGGCAGACUCCCAGUUUCCGGCAGACCCCCUGUCCGUCCAGCCCACUCCCAGUCCAUCCGGCAGACCCUCUGUAUGUCCAGCAGACCCCCUGUCCGUCCGGCAGACAUCCUGUGCGUCCGGCACACCCCUUGUCCGUCCAGCCCACUCCCAGUCCAUCCGGCAGACCCUCUGUAUGUCCAGCAGACCCCCUGUCCGUCCGGCAGACCCCCUGUCUAUCCGGCAGACCCCCUGUCCGCCCAGCAGACCCCCUGUCCAUCCAGCAGACCCCCUGUCCGUCCAGCAGACCCCCUGUCCGUCCAGCAGACCCCCUGUCUAUCCGGCAGACCCCCUGUCCGCCCAGCAGACCCCCUGUCCAUCCAGCAGACCCCCAGUCCGUCCAGCAGACCCCCUGUCCGUCCAGCAGACUCCCUGUCCAUCCGGCAGACCCCCUGUCCGUCCAGCAGAGCGGCUGAGAGUCCCAUUGUCGCUGCUCAUGUUUACAGACACUCCUACAUGGCGUCCUACAGCAUCUACAACAUCCACACCCGGGAGGUUUGGGAGCUGGACCCCCCCGAGGUGGUGAACUCUGUGCUGCAGUACGCUGCAUGGGGGGUGCAAGGCCAACAACUGAUCUACAUAUUUGAGAAUAACAUCUACUACCAAUCUGAUGUGAAGAGUAACUCCCUCCGACUGACAUCCUCUGGGAAGGAGGGGGUCAUCUUCAACGGAAUAGCCGACUGGCUCUAUGAAGAGGAGAUCCUUCUGACCCACGUGGCUCACUGGUGGUCGCCUGACGGAGAGAGGCUGGCCUUCCUGGUGCUCAACGACAGCCUGGUGCCCAACAUGGCUCUACCUCGCUUCACCGGCAUGGCGUACCCCAAAGGGAAGCAGUACCCGUACCCCAAGGCUGGACAACCCAACCCGGUGGUGAAGCUCUACGUGGUGAAUCUCUACGGACCCACACACACGCUGGAGCUGAUGCCUCCAGAGACCCUCAAACUACGGGAACAUUAUGUGUCCAUGGUGAAGUGGAUCAGCAAGACCAAGACUUCUGUGAGGUGGUUGAACCGGGCCCAGAACAUCUCCAUCCUGACUGUGUGUGACACGACCACAGGAGCCUGUGUCACGAGACAUGAAGAAAGCUCGGAGCUCUGGCUCUCCAAGCAGAACCAAGAACCUGUGUUUUCCAAAGAUGGCAACAGGUUCUUCCUGACUGUUCCGGUGAAACAAGGAGGACGUGGAGAGUUUCAUCACAUCGCCAUGUUCACCACACAGUUCAGAGCAGAUCAGAAUGAAGUCCGACAUCUAACCUCAGGAAACUGGGAGGUGACCCGGAUCCUCUCGUACGACGAGAACACCGACAACCUUUAUUUUCUCAGCACUGAAGGUUCCCCACGAAGACGACAACUUUUCAGUGUUAAAACCGUGGGUCUGUUCCCUCGACGGUGUUUAACGUGUGAGUUGAACAAAGCUCAUUGUUUGUUCUUCGAUGCCGACAUCAGCCCCAUGGACCAGCACAUCAUCCUCCAGUGUAAAGGCCCUGGAGCACCGACCGUGAUCUUACACAGCCUCAACAAUUCAAAUUACUACAUUCUUGAGAACAACUCGAUGCUGAAGGCAGCCUUGAAGUUCAAAAGGAUCCAGAUGACCGACUUCGAAACGGUUCCAAUGGAGCAUUUUGAUUUACCUCUGAAGAUGUCCUACCCACCAGACUUCUCAGAUUCCCGUCACUACGGCCUCCUGCUGCUGGUUGACAGCGCCCCCGGUGGUCAGGCGGUGAGCGACCGCUUCUCCCUGGGCUGGGACUCGGUGCUGGUCAGCUCGGAGAACAUCAUCGUGGCUCGUCUGGACGGCCGAGGCAGCGGCUUCCAGGGUCAGAGGAUCCUCCACGAGGUUCACCACCGACUGGGCACUGUGGACGUCCAGGACCAGAUCGCAGCAGUCGAAUACAUGAUGAAAUUCCCAUAUAUUGAUCGAACAAGGAUAGCAGUGUUUGGAAAGGGUUACGGAGCCUACAUCACAUUAAUGAUGCUCAAGUCGACUGACAGCCUCUUCAAAUGCUCGUGUGCAAUGUCGCCGGUGACGGACUGGAAACUAUACGCGUCAGCGUUCUCUGAGAGAUACCUCGGCACGCCGCUACGGGACGACAGCAGAUACCAGUUUUCCAGCGUGCUGCAGAACAUCCAGGCCCUGAGGGAGCAGACGCUGAUGCUGGUGCACGGCACAGCAGAUGCCAACAUCCACUUCCAGCACACUGCCGAGCUCGUCAAAAACCUGGUGAAAGUCGGAGCAAACUACUCGAUGCAGAUCUACCCAGACGAGGGUCACUUCCUGUCCCAGCAGAGCCGCCAGCACCUCUACGCCACGCUGACCAGCUUCUACAGGGAGUGUCUGAAGGAGGAGCUACUACCGCUGCCCGAGGAGGAAGACGAGGAGGAAGAGUAG